AGGCGGCGGCAAAAUGGCGGCGCCUGAGGAGCGGGAUCUAACCCAGGAGCAGACAGAGAAGCUGCUGCAGUUUCAGGAUCUGACUGGCAUAGAAUCUAUGGAUCAAUGUCGCCAUACCUUGGAACAGCAUAACUGGAACAUAGAGGCUGCUGUACAAGACAGACUGAAUGAGCAAGAGGGUGUACCAAGUGUUUUCAACCCGCCUCCAUCCCGACCCCUGCAGGUUAAUACAGCUGACCACAGGAUCUACAGCUAUGUUGUCUCAAGACCACAACCAAGGGGACUGCUUGGAUGGGGUUAUUACUUGAUAAUGCUUCCAUUCCGGUUUACCUAUUACACAAUACUUGAUAUAUUUAGGUUUGCUCUUCGUUUUAUACGGCCUGACCCUCGCAGCCGGGUCACUGACCCUGUUGGGGACAUUGUUUCAUUUAUGCACUCUUUUGAAGAGAAAUAUGGGAGGGCACACCCUGUCUUCUACCAGGGAACGUACAGCCAGGCACUCAACGAUGCAAAGCGGGAGCUUCGCUUUCUUUUGGUGUAUCUUCAUGGAGAUGAUCACCAGGACUCUGAUGAGUUCUGUCGCAACACACUCUGUGCGCCAGAAGUUAUUUCACUAAUAAAUACUAGAAUGCUCUUCUGGGCAUGCUCUACAAACAAACCUGAGGGAUAUAGGGUCUCACAGGCUUUACGAGAAAACACCUAUCCAUUCUUGGCCAUGAUUAUGCUGAAGGAUCGGAGGAUGACUGUAGUGGGACGGCUAGAAGGCCUCAUUCAACCUGAUGACCUUAUUAACCAACUGACAUUUAUUAUGGACGCGAACCAGACUUACCUGGUGUCAGAACGCCUAGAAAGAGAAGAAAGAAACCAGACCCAGGUGCUGAGACAACAGCAGGAUGAGGCCUACCUGGCCUCUCUCAGGGCUGACCAAGAGAAAGAAAGAAAGAAACGAGAGGAGCGGGAGCGGAAACGGAGGAAGGAGGAAGAGGUGCAGCAGCAAAAGCUGGCAGAGGAGAGACGACGACGGAAUUUACAGGAGGAAAAGGAAAGGAAGUUGGAGUGCCUGCCCCCUGAACCUUCCCCAGAUGACCCUGAAAGUGUCAAGAUCAUUUUCAAAUUACCCAAUGAUUCUCGAGUAGAGAGACGAUUCCACUUUUCACAGUCUCUAACAGUAAUCCAUGACUUCUUAUUCUCCUUGAAGGAAAGCCCUGAAAAGUUUCAGAUUGAAGCCAAUUUUCCCAGGCGGGUACUGCCCUGUAUCCCUUCAGAGGAGUGGCCCAAUCCCCCCACGCUGCAGGAGGCCGGACUCAGCCACACAGAAGUUCUCUUUGUUCAGGACCUAACAGACGAAUGACAUUUAUUCUUCCUCUCCCUUCCCACCCCAAUCCCUAAAAGAAAUGGAAAAAAACAAAAACAAGAAAAAAAAAGAGAGAGAAAUUCAUAUUAUUAUUAUUAUAAUACAAUAUUUUUUUUAAAAGACUGCUGCAUCCUAUGGAAGGAUCAGAAACCAUGCUGCCUGCAAGAAUCACAGCCUGUGUGUGCGCAAGGUUAGCAAUGAAAGUACCCACUCAGCAAGCCCACCCUUCCCUACAGCCUCUGCACACGCACCUUCCAGCAGACGGGGACUCUUCACCUCCACCCAUCGUUGUCCCAUCUGGGGAAGGGGACAUUCCCACUAGUUCUCAUCCAUUCUUGCUUUUAUGGAAAAUAAAAGUGAAAAAGCUCCAUCAACCAGCUACUGCAGCAUCUCCUGAGGACUUGCUUCUCCCACCUCUGGAGAAGAGAGGCACAGAACAGAGAUGUUCCUUGAACUGCCCACAAUUUAUGAAUAACUUGUUUCUGUUGCUUUGUAAUGACCAAAGGAAUGAAGCUGACAUAGGUGUAUUUUUUUCCUUUAUUUGAUAAAGAGCCAAUGCUUAAACCCAUGAACUCAUGCCCUGGGCUCCUUAGCCCACAAUAGUGUAAUAAAGGUGCCCCAGGCCAGUCUGUGCUUAUUUCUGCCAUUGUCCCUCUCAUGCUCCCAGAGAGGUCAUUCUUUUUGGUCCAACUCUUGCUGUCCUUAUCACCUGUGCACCCCACUUGGAGCAGUGGGAGGAAAUCUGGGUUUGUAGCCCCGAAAAGGCUGCAUGUGUACGGACAUACCCAUGUAUGUGUUGUGAACUCACCUUCAGACACAACUGCAGCUUUUCCUUGGAAUCUGUACGUGGUGGUUGUUAUGGGGUCUAAACCAAAGGAUAGCAGCUCUUCAUUCCUCUUCUGACACGUGCAUGCUGUCCCUCCCAGCCCUGAGCUUUCCUGAAUUGCCAAGCUAGGUGCCUUUCCAGAGGACUUAGUAGGGCCUGUGGUGGAGCCAGCAGAACCACAUGAGAGUGCCCUGUCUAUCUCAGUGGAAAUAUGUUGUUGCUGUUGUUUUAAGGAUAGGAAAAAAAAAAAAGGCCUUGAAGUGAGCCAAGACAGAACUCCUAGCAUGUGUAAACUGUUAGAAGGCACGUUUCAGUUUGUGAUGUAGCCACCUGCUGGAGGCAGUUUUUAGUUUUUAUUCUUUCCCUCUAUUGCUGUGUUGAAGUAAUAGAGUUUUUUUUUUUUUACCUCUGGAUGUCUCAUCUGUAGUUGAGUUUGUGGUAAUGGGUACAUGGGUCAGGCCAUGUAUUAACAGAUGCCUGUGUGCACUGACAAGUAUUCCAAAGCAAUCUAUAGCUAGACUGGUGUGGACUCAUAACACUGCAGCCUACUGACAUUACUUACUGUAGUUCCUAGCAUGCUGUGAGGGCAGGGGGUUCAGAUCAAAAUAAAGCAUAACUUGAUAGAUUUGUACUUCCCAAAGGCUUUCUCUCUUGCUUACCUAAAACUUAAGGACCACUCUUUUUGAUAGCAGUAAUAUGGUCACUGUUUUCUGCAGCCCUCAGUUGUUGUUGGGGUAAACACCAUGGGGCAGGGUAAGGUGCCUCACAGAUAUCACCUGGAGAAUCUGAGAAUUUCCCAGUGGCCUUGGCACAUGUGUCUAGAACAUCGUCUCUAGGAAUAUUUAAAUCUGUUUGUGGCUGCCUGUUCUUCCACUUUGUUUUCUGCUGUCCCAAGGCCAGAUAAGUAGGAAAUCACCAUCUGACUGCUGUCAUAAAAUAUAUAUGGAGUGAAUAGGAUAAACCGUGUUCUCCACUUACCUUUAUGUGAAAUCUGCUUCCCACUGACAGCCAUGCAAAGAGGAAUUUUUCCACUUAACUCGGAGCCUCCCUCCCUUUCUAGAAUUUACACCUUUUUUCCCUGGCAGCACACAGGAGGGUAUUAAGGACCUUUGUUAGACUGGUUGUACUGUAUAAGUAUCUUGCCCACACCUCUGGGAGGUUGUAAUUUUUUGUUCUUAGUAAUUCAAUCUUAUUCUACAAUGUGCACUUUAUGCCUCUUGCCUUUUGAUAAAUGUUGUUCAGUGAAGGAGGUCAGAUGGCAGAAUAUUAAGGAAAGUUCUCUUUAUGUCACUACAACUCUUGGGACAACCUACCCAUUUACUUUAGGUUUCAAGAGGCUUCACCUGAAGUACAUGCCCAUUUCUUGUCCCUUUUGAAACAGUUCUGCUUUAAUUAGACUAUGUGCCUGUCUCCUUGCUGACCCUAGUGCUGCUGCCUAGGCACCGUUUCCUUUCCUCCUGAGUAAAAUAUGGGCUGCACAUUUUGUCACUUAAUGCCAGUACAAUCUAUAUUACUCCAAAGGAUCUCUGGGAGCUUGAUGGGACCUGCAAGGGAGAAAACGCUGAGAAGCCGGUGAUCUGCAAGCUUUUGCUCUUGUUUCCAUAUCACCUCAGAUUUUCAGCUGUUGUUUCCAAGUGGCAAGAUGUCAACUAAACAGAAACACUUGUUUCAAGUUUUGUUCUGCACUCCCAAGACUGAAGUUGUAGAUUCAGCUGAAUAACCAUGGGAAAUGACCACGCAAAGACACCUGAUAGGAGUCAGUUGAAUUUUCGCAGCCUCAGUGGGGCCCUUCUGGUGUUUUCUUCCACUUCUGCAGAAUUUCCUGCAGCAAAUAUUUCUUCCUCCUUGCUUUCCUCCACCGUGAUAUUCGGAUAAGAGAUUGCCAGAGGAUAUUUAUCUCUUUAAAAAACUAAAAAACUAGAAUCUUCAAUGAGCAGUUAUUAUGAAAAUUGCUAAUGGUGCCAAGGCCAAGGAAAGAGUUUCAGAAAAUGACUGUGAGGAGUGAUAACCCCCAGAAUGCAAAAUCAGGGGAGUAUUAUAAUCUGGUGCUUGAACAAGGAGCUCCACUUUACAACUGGUUUUUUUAGGACUUGUGAGGAACGCAGCAACAGGAAAUCCAUCCACAAAGGAUGCAGUGCCCCAACUUGUACUGCACCUGAAUAGUUAUGUGAUAAUUUACUGAAGAAAUCUAGUGUACUUUAAAUUUUUUUCAUAAAAGUUUACAUUGUAUUGUAGGUUAACAUUAAAUGUUUUAUAACAAAUUUCA